UAAUAUUAUACCGAUCGUUGCAUUUCUAUUUGUGCGUAAUAUAUCUGUUGUGAUAGAGGCAUGUGGCUGAUGGAGUACGAUAGUUUUGCUGAACUUUGUCGGGGAUAUUUACCAUAUUAUUUAUUAAUAUUUUUGCCAAUCUUCAUCAUCAUUUCGCCGGUUAAUCCUGUGACUGCCUCCCACGAGUUUCCCGUGUAUCGUAUGCAUCAGUAUGACUUGCAUGGGGUUCCGCAUGGUUGUCGGAAUGCACCCAUUUCCCUAGAAGCAAGGUCAUUGACCGGAUGGAGUACUUCUAGGCACUGUGUUGUUGCAAAAGCUCUAGAUAUCACACCAUCUUUCUUUCAGUCUAUUAAAAAUAAGGCUGGUGCAUUGGUAAUUGUCUUACCUGAACGGAUGAAUGAGCUAACAAUGGAGCAGAAGCAGCGCAUUAUGAAUUUGGAAGAGUCUAUGAUGUAUGGUUCUGAAACAAUGAUACCAGUAUACUUUGUAUUAUGGCAUUCAGACCUUCAAACAAUCUUAGAUGAUAUUGCGGAAGGCUUUAUUACUGAUGAGAAAGCUGGUUCGGCAGCGGAAGCCAUGUAUAAUUCAAUUUCCGCUAGUGGUUACCAAGUAGUAGUAGCCUCUGGACAAGCUCUUCCUAAAACAGAUAUUAAAGUCGCCACUUUGCAUGGUAAAUUAACUGGUACUGGCGCUGAAGAAAAGUUACCUACAAUAGCGAUAGUGACACAUUAUGACAGUGCUGGUAUAGCACCUGAAUUAUCUUUUGGUGCAGACAGUAAUGCUUCUGGUGUAUCCAUGCUCCUAGAAAUAGCACGGUUGUUUUCUACCUUAUAUUCUAAUGGUCGAUCAAGACCACAAUACAAUCUUGUUUUUAUUAUAACUGGAGCUGGUAAAUUAAAUUACCAGGGUAGUAAGAAAUGGUUAGAGGAUCAAUUGGAUGGUUUAGAGGGAUCUAUUAUACAGGAUGCAGCUUACGUAAUAUGCCUCGACACAGUUUCCGCGAGUGAUAAUUUAUACGUACAUGUAUCGAAACCGCCUAAAGAAAAUUCGUCUGGUGGUUUAUUUUACAAAGAACUCAAAGCUGUGUCACAAUCGUUGUACGCUGUCAACGUUGAAGGUGUACAUAAGAAAAUAAAUCUUGCGGAAGAAAUAUUAGCUUGGGAACAUGAGAGAUACAGCAUUCGAAGAUUGCCAGCUGCGACUUUAUCUACAUUAAGGAGUCACGAAGAUCCAUCCAGAACUACUAUAUUAGAUGUCACUAGAGAAGGACAAAUAGAUAAGUUGUACAAACAUACUCAAGUUGUCUCCGAAGCAUUAGCGCGUCAUAUAUAUAAUUUGAGUUCUAGUCAAAUCUUCGCUGGUUCAUUGGAUGUUUCAAAGGAAUCGCUGUCCUUAUGGUUUAAUUAUUUUGCUUCUCAACCAAGAGCGGCAUCCCUACUAGUAGAUAAACAUAAUUUACUAGUUGCUACUUUGAAAGAAGCAAUGACGAGAUAUUUGGGAGAUGUUAAAAUUACUUUGCACGCUCCUGAUAAACGGGAUCCAGAAUUUGUAUUUUAUGAUGUUGCAAAAGCAACUUUGAAUGUAUAUAGUGUAAAGCCGGCUGUAUUUGACCUCUUUCUUACAAUCGGCAUAAUUUUGUACCUGGGGAUACUGUACAUAAUUGUGCACAAUUUUCCAUACGUUUAUUCCCUAGCAACAAAACUCUCCGCAAAAAGCAAGACAACUUAAAUUUAUUUCAUAUUUACAAGCAAGGAACUGAGAAUUAUUUAAAUAUUAAUUUUCAGUAAUGUUGAACAAUCGAUCUAUGUUGAAAAGAGCGUUUGCUGUAAUUAGAAAGAGAGAGUGUGUAUGUGUGUGUGAGAAUUUCCUCUGAUAACUUAUAUAAAGUACACAUUGAUUGCGUUCAGAAAACACAAUAGUUGUGCAACAGUUGAGUAAUUCGUCAACAUUAGUCUAAAUUUAGGGGUCUAAUAGUAAAGGCCAAUAAUCAUUGACUGCUCAUUGAUCACUUGUGUUUUCUGAAUGCAAUCGUUGAUGCAUAUGUAGGUAUUUGCGGUUGACAUGAUAUAUCAAACAUACAAAUUCGUUUAUGUAUUUAUUUCACGAAUUGUUAAUUACGUAAUAAUUAAAAAUAUGGUAUACCUUUUUAUAAAGCUCCAUAUUAUUA